AACCUUCCUAUGAGUUUCUUAAAAGAGUUUUUCCCAGGAGAGAUAAAUGAUUUGCAAGGCACAGCUGCGACUACAUAACCCAUCUCAAGGGCAAGCAGCUGCAGGGUGGAGUGGAGGGGACCGGCUUGUUUCUGCACUGGACACGCGUGUUUGCAAGGGCUGCAGCAAGGGCUUCGACCCGACCGGAUCGUGGCGAGGCGCCGAAGUGAUCUCUGCAGAGGCAAUAAAAGAGAAGGAAAAGGAGUGGAAAAGUCCGAAGCCACGGAAACCAAGAGCGUAAAAAGAAGAGGAAAUUUAAAUUUCAGCUAAAAUUUAAUUUACAGCGACCACGUUCGCGACACGCCUCCGUAUCUCUCCAUCACUGCAAGUCACUCUUGUGUCUGUCGUGCCAUGCCUUUCAACUCGCUCUCCGGGAAGUGUCUAUCUCCCAGAAAAUAAAUAUAUAUAUCUAUAUACAGCAAAUUUAGGGAAAGAAAAAUUGGAGCAACUGAUGUAUAUUUGUGCACGAAAAACGAAGCUGACUUUUUUGCAGGAUUUAUCCAGCCUUUCCACCAGUAUGAAGAGGAAAUGUUCUUUUUUAAGAAUACUUACCACUGUUUUUUGGGGGAAUUCGGACUAAAACUUCCUGCGGUUAUUAGAGAAAUGAAUAUAUCUGUAGAAGCGUUAUUCUGAAUAAUAUAUUGGCUUCUGUGAACGUUUCCUUUGUUCAGCCUGGAUCUUGGAAUUAAUCUGGAAGGAUGCCUUCAUUCUUCCAAAGGGCAUUUUAUAUCUCCGUCAGGUGUCCGGUGUACCACAAUGCUAUUUUUCUUUCGUAUCUUUCUCUUCGGACCUUAAAACCUUCUCUUCAUCGUGCUGCUCCAUCAAGGAAGUUUUGCUCCAGGGCGAACAAGGAUACGGUGGAUAUGUCGUCGUUCCCUGCAGAAAAUAUUAGAAAUUUUAGCAUAAUAGCCCAUGUGGAUCACGGAAAGAGUACGUUAGCUGAUCGGCUGCUGGAAAUAACAGGAGCAAUUGCCAAAACAGACCAUAAUAAGCAGGUGCUGGAUAAAUUGCAAGUGGAGCGCGAAAGGGGCAUCACGGUGAAAGCUCAGACGGCUUCCCUCGUUUAUAACCACGAAGGAACAAAUUACCUCUUAAAUCUCAUCGAUACACCUGGCCACGUGGAUUUUAAUUAUGAAGUGUCACGGUCGUUGUCGGCUUGCCAAGGAGUCCUGUUGGUUGUGGAUGCAAACCAGGGUAUCCAGGCUCAAACUGUAGCCAAUUUUUACCUGGCAUAUGAAGCACAGCUCGCAAUCAUCCCCGUUAUAAAUAAGAUUGACCUCAAGAAUGCAAAUCCAGAGAUGGUUGAAAAUCAAAUUGAGAAUACCUUUGAUAUCCUCAAAGAAGAUUGCAUUAGAAUUUCGGCUAAACUGGGAACAAAUGUUGAAAGAAUACUUCAGGCGGUGAUUGAAAGGAUUCCACCGCCAGUGGUUAAUCUCCAUGAGCCUUUGAGAGCCUUGGUGUUCGAUUCCACCUUUGACACUUACCGAGGGGUGAUCGCCAACAUCGCGCUGUUCGGUGGAGAAAUCCACAAAGGCGACAAGAUCACUACGGCUCACACUAAGAAGAUUUACGAAGUGAAUGAAGUAGGAAUUCUGACACCCGACCAGCGACCGACCGAUAAACUAUACGCCGGCCAAGUGGGGUAUAUGAUUGCUGGAAUGAGAGAGAUUAUGGAUGCCCAAAUAGGAGAUACGAUCUACUUGCAUAAUCAACCGGUGGAACCGUUUCCUGGGUUUAAAUCCGCAAAACCCAUGGUCUUUGCAGGAGUGUUUCCGACGGACCAGUCCGAAUAUUCUAACUUGAAAGGAGCUUUGGAGAAACUGACCCUCAAUGACUCCAGCGUGACUAUUCAGCGUGAUAACAGCCUGGCUUUGGGAGCUGGGUGGAGGUUGGGGUUCCUUGGCCUUUUACACAUGGAAGUUUUUAAUCAGCGCUUGGAACAAGAACACAACGCCUCCGUCAUUUUGACAGCGCCCACUGUUCCAUACAAGGCCAUCCUUUCUUCCCCAAAAUUGAUAAAGGAACAUAAAAAAGAGGAAAUCACGAUUGUGAAUCCCGCAGAGUUUCCGGAUCAUUCCGUGGUGAAAGAAUACUUGGAGCCGAUAGUUUUAGGGACUAUUGUGACCCCUAAAGAAUACAUUGGAGAAAUAUUCGCUCUUUGCCAGACACGAAGAGCGGUUCAGAAGGACAUGGUGUACAUGGAUGACCAGAGAGUCAUGAUGAUUUAUCUCUUCCCGCUGAACGAAGUCGUGGUGGAUUUCUUCGAUGUGUUGAAAUCCUUGUCCUCUGGUUACGCCAGCUUUGACUAUGAAGACGCAGGAUACCAGCCUGCAGAGCUCGUCAAAAUGGAUAUUUUUUUAAAUGGAAAAUCUGUGGAAGAGCUGAUAACGAUUGUACCUAGAGAGAAAGCCUACUCUGUUGGUAAAUCCAUGUGCGAGCGAUUAAGAGACCUCAUCCCAAGGCAAAUGUUUGAAAUUGCUAUCCAGGCAGGUCUCGGCAACAAAAUAAUUGCAAGAGAAACGGUGAAAGCUUUUAGAAAAGAUGUUCUGGCAAAAUGUUACGGAGGCGACAUUACAAGGAAAAUGAAGCUUUUGAAGAGGCAAGCCGAAGGGAAGAAGAAGAUGCGGAGAAUCGGGAACGUAGAAGUGCCAAAGGACGCUUUUAUCAGAGUUCUCAAGAAGCAGCUUGACCGAUAGCUUACAGGGGUUGCUUCCAGCUGUUUGCAAAGUCAAGCGGAGGAGAACCGUUUGAGCCAGCCGUUUACAAACCGGGGAUUAUCCUGAAUAUGGAUCUCAUCUGCUCGCGUGCAGAUUUGACACCAUUCUAAUGGUCCCGUUCAAUAAAGCAGCAAAACGGAUGACCUAAAAAUCUAAAAUAUAAUUAAACAUCUGAGAGUAUUAGGGCUAAUUUUUGAUGCCAUUUCUCAGAACUGUGCCUUGUGCCUUUGAGGUUCCUAUUUGUCUUUUUCCAUAUUUGAUUACAUUCCGGGUCUUGACAUCCGCAAGCCCUUGGCUACGCUAGAUAAAUAAAUCUGGGUACAAGUACAGUUAUCCUCAA